UGCAUAAAUAAAGAUGUCUGUUAAAUAUAUUAAAUAUAUUUAAUAUUAUUGUAUUAUGAUUUGUUUCCAUACUUGUAUAGCUUUCCUAGAAUACCUCUCCUACCAUAACUAGGAUUGAGAUAUUGUAUAUAUAUACAUGUACUCCUCACAUAAUUAAAUUCAAGGAAAAUACAAUUCUUCAUGGUAUCGGAGCCACACCAUGACGGACAGUGAGAUCACAUCUCAAUCCUCUAGCCCAAAACCUCCCCAUCUUGCUUUCUCCGUCUCAAAUGUCAAACUUCAUGUUCCAAUUCAACUAAGUUUUUCUCAACCAAACUAUAAAAAGUGGAGCCGCUUGUUUCUCCUUCUAGCACGGCAGUUCAAUCUCCAUGGCUAUCUCAAUGGCUCUAUUGCUCCCAUCUCCGACGACGACGACGAAUGGUUCCAACUUGAUGCUAUUCUUCAGGGAUGGAUUCUCUCCACCAUCACAGAUGAGGUGUCUGAUCUUGUUCUCUCUUCUGUCUCUACUGCAUCUGCCCUCUGGAAGAUGAUUCAUGAUUUGUUUCACGACAAUAAGCACGCUCGAGCCAUGCAACUCGAGCAUCAAUUUCGCACCACCGUCAAAGGAUCUACACCUAUGGCUGCAUAUUGUCAAGAGCUCAGGAAUAUUGCAGAUUGGAUCCUUUGCCGAAUUUUCUUCAAGUGCGGUCGGCUCUUCUCCUUCUCGACUGACAGAGGACUCCACUGGGCGAAACCAGCAGCACGGCACUGCUGGCAGGUCGGGGCGCCGGCAGCUUCAGCGGCAACCAGCUCGGCGGCGGUGGCAGUCGCGGCCCUCCUCACGGCGGCAGCGGAGACCGGAUCUUUGGCGUCAAUUAUGGCGAUGGCUCCUCCUCUGGACAGCGUGGCGGCUAUGGACGUGGACAAGGGCGUGGCAACGGCAAUCGGGGUCGCGGUCGAGGGCGCUCAAACGGCGGUUCGAGACAACGACCACCUACAGACGCCCAACAUUCCUGGAACUCACCCUACCCAAACCCUAGCCCCGGGGUGCUAGGCCCCCCGCCCAACCCCACCCCCUACCCGUUACCCU